CACUGAAUCCCAACCCAUCAUCGUUUCAAGAAAAAGAAAAUGAGGAAUAAGGUCUCAACCCCUUUAAAACUUGUUCUUCUCUCUUUGACUCUUCUAUCCACAACAUAUUCGGAUGAUUUGAUAGACCAAACAUGCAAGAAGACACCAUACUAUGAACUCUGUAGCAAUGUCAUCCAUUCAAACCCUGCCACCCCAAGUGAUCCAAAGGGUAUGGUUGUGAUAAUGAUCAACUACGCUCUAGCAAAUGCAACUGACACUCUCAAAUACAUUGGAGACCUUAUUAAUAAAGUCUCUGACCAUGAAUUGCAGAACAAAUUGGCCUUUUGUGCUGGUCAGUCAUAUAUGCCUGUUGUUAAGUAUGUUCUUCAUGAAGCUGUUGAUUCUAUAAACCAAGGCGACUUUGACCUUGCAAGUCACUAUAUUUCUAAUGCUGAGAAAAACAUUGUUGCUUGCAACAAGAAAUUCACUGGGAAUCAGUCACCUUUGAGUUCUAGGAAUGGGAUUAUGCUGCAGCUUCUUGAUAUUUCUGCUGCAAUUCUUAAGAAUUUGUAAAUCGCUGAU